GACCGACAUAAUUUUACUUAGAGGUCAGCAGGCGAAAUACCAGACCCGACGACCCGACCAGAAAACAGCAACCAGCACCAUCCCACAUCGCUUGAAGCACUUCGUGUUGAACUAGCUACGGUAUUAGAGCUCGCCACCGGAAGUGGGUGCUACCGAUUGUCUCAAGCAAGCAUUAGCAUCGGUUGGAGCAGAAACCAGGUCAACGUUGAUCCAUUAUCUGUCUCUGGUUCUGCCUUGCGGGUCUGAAUUGACCAGCUUUCAACCGAAGCGGAAGGGUAUCUCGCAGUCAACCUUCUUCUCGCUCCCGACCCAUUGCAGCACCAGACAAGGACGUUAUACAUCCUCACACCCGCAUACCCAUCCAUCUCCUAUACGAUCAAUUUUCUGCAACCAUGAACUGUCAUUACCAUGAAUUUGGGGGCUCUUCCAGUGGCGGCGGCAGCAGAGGGAAUCGAGCCAUGUCGGAAAUCGCCAUUGCGCAUGACAUGAAUCAGCCCUUGAGCACUUCCUACCAUUACAGCAGCUCGGCCACACCUCAGGAGAUUCAAAAGAAGCAGUACAAGGCUGAAAUGGCCAAGGCAACGGCCAUUACCAAACAAUACAGCCAUAUCAUUUCCAGUUCUCCUCCUCCUGCCAACAAAACCACAACUAGCACAUAUACGAAUGCUAACCAGCAGUCUCCACCCUCCACAACAAGACCCAAUCUGCGCCCACGAAGGACUUCAGCUGAACCAGGUGGGUUGGCGUUGAGCGGUUCCUUUCGAUCCAAAUCUCUUUCAUCCCUGGCAUCCUCAACAGAUGACAACAAUAAUGGUAGUACCACUCAGGCUAUCGGCAAUGGCAGCGACCACAGCCACGCGGGAGAUGAAGUUGCAGCAGCUGCAGCUGCCACAACUCCGCCUCCAUUAAAGACAGACGUGACGGAUUUACUGCUCACGCCCAAACUGUCACCACCAGCCCAGGACCCGUCGAUGCCCACAAACGGCAACAACAUGACUCCACCGGAAUGGAAUGCCCAAGUGACAGAUAUUGUCUCGAAUCCUCCACUGAAAAUGCCUGCCAAGAAACCUCCAUCCACGAGAAGUUUGCACUCACAGCAGCAAGAAAGACGACAACGACAUUCUUUUCAAUUGGCACCGGCGGCGGCUGACCCCACUUCCUACCAACAACAGCCACAACCCAGACGUGUCUCGGAUUCGAUGGCCCUCAAUUACAGCACAAACUCCGCCUUUCAAUCCGGAACCUACAACAGUGCCAGCUCACCCGCUCGAAGGAGAUUGUCUCCUGUUUACAAUAUUCAUGACAGCACGCCACAACAGCGUCGUCCGAGUGGCACAUUGGCCUUGGAGGAACAAGCACGCAUGUUGUCCCAAAUGCAGCAAUCACAACCACAACAUGCCCCUACAAAAGUUAACAGUGAGACGCUGGCUUUUGAGGAACAAGCACGCAUGUUGUCCCAAAUGCAGCAGCAGCAGCAGCAGCAUCACAACAUGCCCCUAUAA